AUUCCAUAAAUUUUGUUUAUUAGAAAUAUUUUAUUAUCAUUAUAUCGUUGUAUUACGAUUGAAUAAUAUUAAAUAUUCAUAUAAAUAUUUUAUAAUACUAUAAAAAAAAUAAUGCUUUGUUAUGUUUUUGUGUUAUUUCUAAAUAAAAUUUCUAAUUAAAGCUACUGAGGUUAACCACGAGUUGAAGAAAGAAUCUAAAAAAAAUGAACAUAAAGAAUGAUAAAUGGUAUAAGGAAUAUUCUAAAGAAGAGGAUUCAUAUACACAUUCUAAAACUGAAACAGAAAUAUCAAAUUUAAAAAAUGAAGCAAAAAGAUAUUUAGAUACAGAAACUUCUGUUUUUCAAUUAAAAGAAUCAAAACAUACUAAUUCAGAAACAACAUGGUUAAGAACAGCAUUAACACAGGGUACAACUUCGGAUAAAAUAGCAGCUGCCAUUGUAUUAGUACAAGAUAAUCCAAAAUAUAAUUUAAAUAGACUUACAAUGCUUAUAAAUCAAGUAAGAGUUGUAAAACAUCAUCAAUGCAACAUGAUAAUAAAAUCUUUAAGAGACUUGUUUUUGAUAGAUCUACUUCAUCCUAAAUUUAAGUUACUUAAAUUUGAAGAACAAAAUUUAGAUGAACUUGAUAAAUUUAAUUCUGGAGACAUACUUAAUUCAGAUAUGUCAAAAAAAAAAUUAAUGGCUCAUUGGUAUUUUGAAGAUCAAUUACAUGAACUGUAUGAACGUUUUAUAAUGUCUCUAGCUAGUAUUGCAUCUGACACAGUAGAUGCAAAUCGUGAAGUAGCAAUAUCAGUAAUGACAAAUUUAUUAAUAGGAAAUAUUGAACAUCAAUAUAAAUUAUUGGAAUUAAUUGUAAAUAAAAUAGGAGAUCCAAAUUGUAAAAUAGGAUCUAAAGUAAUAUUUUGUCUAAAUAAGUUCUUAUAUAAACAUCCCAAUAUGAAACUUAUUGUAUUACGAGAAGUUGAAAAAUUAUUAUUUAGAAAAAAUGUAGCACAUCGCACACAAUAUUAUGCAAUUUGUUUGUUAACACAAUUUCUUUUAACUAAAAAAGAUGAAAAAAUUGCUUCAACACUUAUUGAAGUUUACUUUGCCUUCUUUAAAGCUUGUUUAAAAAAAGGAGAACCAGAUUCUAGAAUGAUGGCAGCAAUCUUAACUGGUGUAAAUAGAGCAUAUCCAUUUGCAAAAAUGAAUUCAAAUAUAUUGAAUGAUCAUAUAGAUUCUGUAUAUAAAGUUGUACAUAUUGGAUCUUUUAAUGUUUCUUUAAAUGCGCUCAAUUUAUUAUAUCAAGUUACAGGUAAAGAUGAAGCUCAAUCAAAUAGAUUUUAUUCUGCUUUCUAUCGGAAAUUAUUAGAUCUACAAAUUGGAAUAGCAAAUAAACGUGCAUUAUUUCUUAAUUUAUUAUUUCGAGUUCUUCAAAAUGAUUGUAAUAAGCAACGUUCAUAUGCUUUUAUUAAAAGAACUUUACAAAUUAUAUUAUAUUUUCCUGCAAAUAUGGCAUGUGCUACUUUAUAUAUAAUAUCCAAAGUUUUACAUACACAUAAAGAAUUAAAAACUUUAUUAUUAAAAUCUCAAGAUUGUAUUAAAAUUGAAAAUGAUAAUUCUGAAACUAAAAAUAAUUCAUUAAAUUUAGAAGAUAUUUCUUAUUUAUCUAAUGAUAAAUCCAAUUUAAAAGAUUCUAUUUUAUUAAUGAACAUUGCAUCUAUAUGCAAUACAGAUAAAGAAAUAAAGUCUGAAAAUGAAAUAGAAAAUAAUAUAAAAAUAGAUUUUAAUACAUGCAAAGAAUAUGAUCCUUUUUGUCGAAAUCCUCUUUAUGCUGGAAUAACUAAAGGUUCAAAUACUGAAUUAAUAACAUUAUCUAAACAUUAUCAUCCAAGUGUUGCAUUAUUUGCAAAUACUAUUCUUGAAGGAAAACUAAUUGAUUAUAUGGGUGAUCCAUUGGAAGAUUUAUCCUUAAUGCGUUUUUUAGAUCGUUAUGUUUUUAAGAAUCCAAAAAAAUUAGAAAGUAAAAAAGUCCAGAAAAAAAAUGAUCCUCUUGCACAACGAACAGGAUAUACACCUAAAGGUAUUAGAUGCAUUCCAAUUGAUAGUAUUUCGUAUCUUAAUCAAAAAGAAGAACGUAUUCCGGUUGAUGAAUUAUAUUUAUAUCGCUAUUUAAAAAAGAAAAAAGAAUUUAAACAUGAAUUUAAAGACGAAGAUGAUGAUAUAGAAAGUGUUAAUAGUGAAGAAUUUAACGAUAUGUUGGACAAAUUAACAGAUGGUAAAGAUUUUGAAGAUUUAGAUAUUGCUGCUGAUAUUCAAACUGGGAGAAAGAAAGCUGAACGCUACUCUGAAAUGGCUGCCCGAUCUAUCGUUAAAUAUUUACGUCCAAAAACUGUUGUAUCCCAAAUUCAUAGAUGUGCUUCACUUUCUGCAUUUGAAAUACAACAUAAAACUCCAACUAUUAAAAAAGUAAUGCCUAUACCAAAAGCUCAUUAUGGAGGACGACAUACAGUUACUCUUUUACCUGGUGCUGGAAUUGGUCCAGAAUUGAUGAAUUAUGUAAAAGAGAUUUUCAGAUAUGCAGGUGUACCAGUAGAUUUUGAAGAUGUAGAAAUUGAUCCAAAUGCAAAUGACAAUGUUGAUUUAGAUUAUGCUAUUACAUCAAUUCGUAGAAAUGGUGUAGCACUAAAAGGAAACAUUGAAACUCGUAGUACAGAAGCUGAUGUACUUUCUAGAAAUGUUGCUCUUCGAAAUCAGUUAGAUCUUUAUGUAAAUGUUUUACAUUGUGUAUCAUAUCCAGGAGUAAAUUCGCGACAUAAAAAUAUUGAUAUUGUUAUUGUUAGACAAAAUACUGAGGGGGAAUAUGCUAUGCUAGAACAUGAAAGUGUUAAAGGUGUUGUAGAAAGUAUGAAAGUUAUUACAAGUAUUAAUUCUGAACGUGUUGCAAGAUAUGCAUUUGAAUAUGCUAAACGAAAUGGAAGAAAAAAAAUUACCACAGUUCAUAAAGCAAAUAUAAUGAAGCUCUCUGAUGGAUUAUUUUUAGAAAUAUCGAGAAAAGUUGCAAAAGAUUAUCCAGAUAUUACUCAUAAUGACAUGAUUAUUGAUAACACUUGUAUGCAAUUGGUUUCCAAUCCACAUCAAUUUGAUAUUAUAUUAACAACUAAUUUAUAUGGAGCAAUUGUAUCAAAUGUAGUAUGUGGUUUAUUAGGUGGUGCAGGAUUAUUAGCAGGUAAAAAUUUUGGUGAUCAUUACACAGUGUUUGAACCAGGUACUCGUAAUACUGGUAAACGUAUUGCUGGAAAAAAUAUUGCCAAUCCUAUUGCAAUGUUAAAUGCUGCUGUUGACAUGUUACGACAUCUUGGACAUAAGGAUCAUGCUUCUUUAAUUCAGAAUGCUAUUAACAAAACUAUUAAUCAAGGUGUUCAUACACCUGAUCUUGGUGGACAAGCAACAAGUAGAGAAGUUAUUGAUACGAUAAUGAAUCAUAUUAAAAUAGCAUCUAAUUAAGACUGAUAAGAUAUAUCAGAUUAAAAAUUAAUAUAAUAUAGAAAUAUACAUAUAAUUUUGCUUUUUAGAAGAGAUAUUUCAUUAUCUGAUACAAUAUUUGAAUAUUUUUUCAGUUGUAGUAGUAACUGUAUUUUUUGCUUAAAAAAGAUUACAAUUAAAUUGCGUAAAUCGCACAAAAUUAUAUAAAAUAAUUUUUAAGUAAAGUGACAAAUUUGAUACCUGUAACAUAGUAAUAUUUUAUGUAAUAUAAUAUUCUAUAUAUUGAAUUAAAGUUUGUAAAGUACAUUUUAAAAA